UUGGCCUUAAGGGUCACCAACCGCUUCGAGAAGCUCAGAGCAACCACUGUCAGAAACGGUUGCACCACGGACCGGGGACCAGGAGAGUUUGGAUAUUCCUCAUACGAACAAACUAGAUUACCAUGAAGUCCGCAAGCCUAAUUAUCCUGGCAUCUCUCGUGAUCUGCAAAUCAACGCUAUCAGAAGAACAGGGCAUCUCAGCCGAGGAUGGGACGGACCGAAGGACCACCAUAGACGACAUCAUACUACAUAAAGCAGAAAGUCUCCUGUUGCGAUCCAUCAUCAAAAAGCUGCAAGAAGAAGACGACAGAUAUGAUGGAGUCUUCCCUCAGGCAGAAUGGGUGACAAAAAGACAGCAUCCCGGUAAAAGAUACAUAAAUGAUUUGGAGAAGCGGCAGCAUCCAGGCCGGAGAGAAGAGGACGAAGAUGAAAUAGACUUGGACGUGCAAAAGAGACAGCACCCGGGCAAGCGCGAAGAAGAAAUGCACGCGUCCAUGGGGUUCCAGAAAAGGCAGCAUCCGGGAAAGCGCUCAAUGGCUGGACACGUUUCUGAAAGCCCCAUCAUUCUGUUCAGUGAACUUUCCAAACGGCAGCACCCAGGCAAGCGUUACCUGGUGCUGCACAGCAAGCGCCAACACCCAGGUAAGCGCCUCACCGAGGAGGAGGACGGCGAAGAGGACUGGGGCAUGGAUGAAGAAGACGAGCUCCCCGAACUGGAGAAGCGUCAACACCCGGGAAAACGCUUUUGGGAGAACUCGAAUCCGGAAUUGGGCACAAACAGUCCGUGUGAUCUUUUUGACUCUGAGAGCUGCCGUAAAACCAGUUUGCUGCUCGACUUUUUAGACAACAUUACCAAGAGCCACGAUGAAGAGAAGCGACAGCACCCGGGGAAAAGGUCUGCAGCAGAGGAGGAUUUGGUGGAGGGAGAGUAGGGCGAACUAAUCUAGUCUGCGCAUAUUGCUUUAGUGUAAAGAAAUCAAUGUAUAAAUUAAGUGAUCAUAAUGUAAAAGUCUUCUGAUCAUUUAAGCUUUUGAGCUAUUUUUCUUCGAUAGAUAGUUACUGUAUUAUUAAAGCAAAGUAUUUAUCUGAUAUAUUUUGGACGAGUGUGCGUAUAAUUUUCCUCCAAACUUUACAUUUUUGCUGUACAUAUACGGUUUUCAGAACAGUUUGUGACCCUAAGACUAUCUAUUGUUUAUCGUUAUAGAACCAUAGGAGGCUCUUUGGUUCAUAAUUCUACUUCUGCUUACAGUGUUGGGAUGAAAGCAUCAGACUGCUGGCUUCUGCGCCGUCGCCUCUGUGAGGCGGCGCGCGCGAGGCUGGACGCCUGAGUCACGAGACUGACCAUGGCUGCGUUCACAGCAAGGGAAUCCCUUCACUAAUUGAUUUGUGUUAUAUUAUUUUCUACUUGUGUAAAUAUAAAGGAUUCCG